AUGAUGCACGCUCAACAUCAGUAUCAAUCAGGAGGAUUAAUCCAAAAAAAGCAACCUUCUUUACAAAAAUUACUCGAUGAUAAUUCACAAUUAAUUUCAUUGAUUCUCGAUUUACAAUCGAAAGGAAAACAGAUCGAAUGUCUUGAAUAUCAACGAGAAUUAUAUCGGAAUUUGAGUUAUUUAACUCAAUUCGAUCCAUCUCCGCCCAAUCAUCCAAAUACUCUACCAUCACCUGAUACAUUUGUUCAAACACGACAAUCAAUGGCAAAUGAAAAUAUGGUACAACAUGUUAAUACUGAUCAAGUCUAUCGAACUCAAUCAAAUACUCCAAGUCAAACUUCUAGUCAUGUCAAUACUAGUCAAUAUUCUUUACCUACAUCUACAAAUCCAUCUGGUGAACAGCAACAUUCAUCAGUCUCAUCUCACUCGAAUCCAAUGAAUAAAUUUACUACAUCUCAACAAAGAGCACCAUAUUUACAACACGGACAAGUUCCUAAUAGUAAUUCAAUGGAUCCUUCCUAUUCACAAUCCUAUGUUCCACAACAAAACAACUAUCAGAUACAACAGCAAUGGUACAAUCAAUCUCGUAUGCCAAUACAACAAGAAAAACAAUAUACAUCGUCUUAUCAACAAUAA